UGGUGUGCGCUACAACAGUGUGCUGGUUAUAAAUCCUGUGUGCUGAAUUUUUUUUUCGCAGUUCGGUCUUGUUGGCAAUAAACGAGAGAAAAAAAAAGUGUUAUUUAGGUUGAUGAUGAGGAUUUUUGUCAGAAGCAUCAAUUUUCCAACUGUAUUCAUAAACAACGUUUCCAAAAAGAAUUCUGAAAAUAUUUCUUUCGCAAAAAAUUUUCUAUAUAUAAAAUUCUUUGGAAAAAAAUUCCCGCCAAUCUUAAAUCAAAUGAAUAAUUUAAAUGAAUCUCAACAAAUUAAUGAUAAAUUAUCAUUAAUCAAUAUGAUUCAACUUGUUUCAAUGAAUCAUUCAGAAAUUCAACGUUGGAUUGUUGAUAAUUAUCCAAAUAAAUCAAAUAGUUCAAGAUAUAAACUUUAUCAGAAUAUGGUACAAACACGUCAAUCCUAUAUUGAUCGUUUGAUGAAAUCACAAUCAAUUCAAAGUUCAAAUUUAACACCAAUUAAAUGUCGUAUUCAUCCAUUGAACAAGGUUUUCCAAUCAAUUCGACCAUCAUCCAUCAUAUGUAUAACUGGUGAUUCAAAUACUGGAAAAUCGAUGCUCGCAACAUCUAUUGCAAUCGAUUGUGCAAUAUUAUCCAAACGGAAAGUUUUGUUUAUCGAUUCUGAUCUAUCAUUGACCGAUGAUCGUUUACGUUUAUUUCAUUCGAAUGAUUUGAAUGAACUCGAUUCAUUCAUUCAAAUUUAUCAGAUAUUCGAGAUAAAUCGUUUAUACGAUCUAUUCGAAAUGAUCGAUCAAGAUGAACAAUUACAUCGAUCAGUAUUGAUAAUUGAUUCACUUAAUUGUUUCUUAUGGACAGCCGUUCAUUCAAAAUGUUCAAGAGAAAUAUUUAUAGCACGAUUAUUAUAUGCAAUUGAAUCGAUUACACGUAAAUGUCAUCUAACAACUAUUAUUACUCGAUUGGAAAAUCGAUAUGAUCAACCACUUCAUUUGGAUGUUGAUAUUAUAUUAAAAAAUGAUGAUGAUCAUAUUGUGGCUAAAAUUACAACAGCAAAUACAUGGCCUCGUUCCGAAAUUGAUUUCAAUUUUAAUAUUACAAAAGAUUUAUUAUCUUGUCAACAAUAAUACUUUUAUGU